GCAGCCUUAGCUGUGGCAGCUGCAGGAGCAGCGGCCGCCUCGGAAGCUGGAGGAGAGGCAGCGGCAGAGCGCCGAGCUGGCUGCGCCCGGAGGCCCAGCCCUGGGGGUGGGGAAUCGCGCCGAGGAGCUGGAAACUUUCCCAGCAGGAGCUGACCAUUGGCUGAAGAGAAAAUUGUGAAUUAAGCCCCUCUCCACUUUUUUUCCUGGUGCGUGAGGAGAAGUUCCCAAAAAUAGUUUGCCUUCCAGCUUCCUGUGGUCAGCUUGUCCAGAGGAACUUGCCUUCUGCUCUCCAGUGAGAUAACCUCUCUCUGCUGCAAGCAAGUGGAGUCUGGGGUGAGGCAGAGGCAAAGGAGUGUCGAAAAUGUUAAAGGCUGUGCUGAAGAAGAGCCGAGAGGGAGGAAAGGGAAGCAAGAAGGAAACAGGAAGUGACUUUGGUCCAGAGGCCUCCCCUCCAGCCCUGCCACUGUGCCAUGGUGGCGACUUUUCCGUGGGCAGUCUUCCUGGAGCAGACGACACCUACAGGGUGAGCUUGGCCAAAGGUGUAUCCAUGUCUCUGCCUUCAUCACCUCUGCUGCCUCGACAGUCUCACUUGGUGCAAUCAAGAUCAAACAAAAAAUCCCCAGGUCCCGUCAGGAAGCCCAAGUAUGUGGAAAGCCCCCGAGUGCCUGGAGAUGCAGUUAUAAUCCCUUUCAGAGAAGUGUCCAAGCCAACAGAGCCUAAUGAGAAUGAAGCAAAGGCCGAUAAUGAACCGAGCUGUUCGCCGGCAGCUCAAGAACUGUUGACAAGGCUGGGAUUUUUACUGGGAGAAGGGAUCCCAAGUGCCACACACAUAACCAUUGAAGAAAAAAAUGAAACCAUGUGCACAGCUCUGAGCCAAGGCAUCAGCCCUUGCUCCACACUAACAAGCAGCACCGCAUCUCCCAGCACCGAUAGCCCCUGCUCAACCUUGAAUAGCUGUGUCAGCAAGACGGCAGCCAACAAAAGUCCCUGUGAGACCAUUAGCAGCCCUAGUUCCACCCUGGAAAGCAAGGACAGUGGAAUUAUAGCCACAAUUACAAGUUCAUCCGAAAAUGAUGACCGGAGUGGCUCCAGUUUGGAGUGGAAUAAGGACGGAAGCCUAAGGUUAGGGGUGCAGAAGGGAGUGCUUCAUGACCGCAGGGCAGAUAAUUGCUCCCCAGUGGCAGAAGAGGAACCCACUGGGUCAGCGGAGAGCGUGCUGCCCAAAGCGGAAGCCUCAGCUGGAGAUGGUCCAGUCCCUUAUUCUCAGAGCUCCAGCUCACUAAUAAUGCCACGGCCCAACUCAGUUGCAGGUAAGGCUGUGCUUCUCCAUGGGAGGGUUAUUCCGCUGGGUCUGAGGUGCCCCGUGUUCACCCUCUCCACUUGGGAAUCUAAUCCAGACACGAGCCAGCUUUGCGAUUGUGGGCCAGGCCCUUACCUUUCACGAUUUGCUCCCUACAAGCCUCAAGACAUUUUGUUGAAGCCCCUGUUGUUCGAAGUACCGAGCAUAACAACAGACUCUGUAUUUGUGGGAAGGGAUUGGCUCUUUCACCAGAUAGAAGAAAACCUGAGGAACACAGAGCUGACAGAAAACAGAGGAGCGGUGGUUGUUGGAAACGUGGGCUUUGGGAAGACGGCCAUCAUUUCCAAGUUGGUGGCACUUAGCUGCCACGGGAGCCGCAUGAGGCAGAUUGCUUCCAACAGCCCCAGUUCAUCACCUAAAACUUCAGAUUCCUCCUCGGACCUUCCUUUCACUGCACUGCUUUCACCAAGUUCUUCUACAAGUGGUAUCAAUGUGGCUAAAAUGCCUACUGGGUCUGGGUCUGAUACUCCUGAGAACCAGAGACCAAAAGAGGAUGCAGUGAAAUACCUCGCUUCUAAGGUCGUGGCCUACCACUACUGCCAGGCCGAUAACACGUACACGUGCCUGGUGCCUGAGUUCGUGCACAGCAUCGCGGCUCUUCUCUGCCGGUCCCACCAGCUGGCCGCCUACAGAGAUCUGCUGAUAAAGGAGCCCCAGCUACAGAGCAUGCUGAGCCUCAGGUCCUGUGUGCAGGACCCAGUGGCUGCCUUCAAGAGGGGCGUGCUGGAACCACUCACAAACCUGAGAAACGAGCAGAAAAUUCCUGAAGAAGAAUACAUUAUUUUGAUAGAUGGCUUAAAUGAAGCUGAGUUUCAUAAACCCGAUUAUGGAGAUACACUUUCUUCAUUUAUUACCAAAAUUAUCUCUAAAUUUCCUGCCUGGUUGAAGUUGAUUGUGACUGUAAGAGCAAAUUUUCAGGAAAUCGUAAGUGCGCUGCCAUUCAUCAAGCUUUCCUUAGAUGACUUUCCCGACAACAAAGACAUUCACAGCGACCUGCACGCCUAUGUCCAGCACAGGGUCCACAGCAGCCAGGACAUUCUCAGCAACAUCUCUCUGAACGGCAAGGCCGACGCCGCACUCAUUGGGAAAGUGAGCAGCCACCUGGUCCUGCGAAGCCUCGGCUCCUACCUGUACCUCAAGCUCACCUUGGACCUCUUCCAGAGGGGACACCUGGUCAUCAAAAGUGCCAGCUACAAGGUGGUGCCAGUGUCUCUGUCCGAGCUCUAUCUGCUGCAGUGCAACAUGAAGUUCAUGACCCAGUCCGCCUUCGAGAGGGCCCUUCCGAUUUUAAACGUGGCCCUCGCGUCCCUGCACCCCAUGACAGACGAGCAGAUUUUCCAGGCUAUUAAUGCCGGCCACAUACAUGGGGAGCAGGGAUGGGAAGACUUUCAGCAGAGGAUGGAUGCCCUCUCCUGCUUCCUCAUUAAGAGGCGAGACAAAACCCGCAUGUUCUGCCACCCGUCCUUCAGGGAGUGGCUUGUUUGGCGAGCAGAUGGUGAAAACACGGCCUUCCUGUGUGAGCCCAGGAAUGGGCACGCUCUCCUGGCAUUCAUGUUCUCUCGACAAGAGGGCAAGCUGAACCGCCAGCAGACCAUGGAGCUUGGCCACCACAUCCUAAAGGCGCACAUUUUCAAGGGCCUGAGUAAAAAGACAGGAAUCUCUUCAAGCCAUCUCCAAGCCCUGUGGAUCGGGUACAGCACCGAGGGGCUGUCUGCCGCCCUCGCCUCUCUCAGGAAUCUCUACACUCCCAACGUGAAGGUGAGCAACCCGAUCCCACCCAGAGCCAGAGCCCCCAGCCCCGGCACCUGCUGCCCACCCUCCAACAUACCUGCCCUCCCCCCUGCAUUGGGUGGUGACAUGAAGCUGGUGUGUCUGCUGAUCAAGAAGGGGGCGAGGGUGGACCACUUGGAUAAGAAAGGCCAGUGUGCGCUGGUCCACAGUGCCCUGAGGGGCCACGGGGACAUUCUCCGGUACCUGCUGAGCUGUGAGUGGUUGGCAGGUUCUCCCCAGCCAGGCGCACUGAAGAAGAGCCAAGCCCUGCAGCAGGCACUGACGGCAGCCGCCAGCAUGGGCCACAGCUCGGUGGUCCAGUGCUUGCUGGGACUGGAAAAGGAACAUGAAAUAGACGUCAAUGGCACCGACACGCUGUGGGGAGAAACAGCCCUGACUGCCGCUGCAGGACGAGGGAAGCUGGAAGUCUGUGAGCUGCUGCUGGAGUGUGGAGCUGCUGUGUCUCGGACUAACCGAAGAGGGGUCCCACCUUUGUUUUGUGCAGCCCGCCAGGGACAUUGGCAGAUCGUGAGAUUGCUGUUGGAACAUGGCUGUGAUGUGAACCUAAGUGACAAGCAGGGCCGGACGCCCCUCAUGGUGGCCGCUUGUGAAGGGCACUUGAGCACUGUGGAAUUUCUCCUUUCAAAAGGUGCCACCCUUUCUUCUCUGGACAAAGAGGGUCUGUCAGCAUUAAGCUGGGCUUGUCUGAAAGGUCACAGGGCAGUGGUCCAGUUUCUGGUUGAGGAAGGAGCCGAGAUAGACCAGAUGGACAAGAAUGGCCGCACGCCCCUGGACCUUGCCGCCUUCUACGGUGAUGCAGAGACCGUGCUGUACCUGGUUGAGAAGGGAGCCGUGAUCGAGCACGUGGACCACAGCGGCAUGCGUCCCUUGGACAGAGCCAUCGGUUGUCGAAACACAUCUGUAGUGGUUACACUGCUGAGAAAAGGAGCCAAAUUAGGAAAUGCUGCUUGGGCGAUGGCUACUUCCAAACCUGAUAUUUUGAUUAUACUUUUACAGAAAUUGAUGGAGGAAGGAAACAUGAUGUACAAAAAAGGGAAGAUGAAAGAGGCCGCCCAGAGGUACCAGUACGCGUUAAGGAAGUUCCCUCGAGAAGGAUUCGGAGAGGACAUGAGACCGUUCAAUGAACUGAGAGUUUCCCUCUAUCUCAAUUUGUCUCGCUGCCGAAGAAAAACAAAUGACUUCGGCAUGGCAGAAGAAUUUGCCUCCAAGGCUCUUGAAUUGAAACCGAGGUCUUAUGAAGCCUUCUAUGCCAGGGCAAGAGCGAAGAGAAAUAGCAGGCAGUUUGUGGCAGCUCUGGCUGACUUGCGGGAGGCUGUGAAACUCUGUCCCACCAACCAGGAAAUCAAGAGGCUCCUGGCCCGCGUGGAAGAGGAAUGCAAACAACUCCAGAGGAGCCAGCAGCAAAAACAGCAGUGCCCGCCCCCGGCCCCACCCAAUGACUCAGAUAACGAGGAGGACGUCCCCACCCCUGGAUCAAACGACCGUUUUCAUCUUGAGGAGGUUGAAGAAGAAGAAACUUCUCCACAGGAAGAAUCCAUUUCCCUGACUCCCAGGUCCCAACCAUCCUCCGUCCCCUCCCCGUAUAUCCGAAACCUUCAAGAAGGGUUACAGUCCAAACUAAGGCCCGUCUCACCACAGAACAGGCCAGGAAUCCCCAAGCCGCUGAGGGAGCCUGUCGCGCAGCCAGGGCUGGUGAUGCAACCCACGAAGCAGGCACAGAUAGUGAAAACCAGCCAACAUCUGGGUUCCGGACAGGCUGGCGUGAGGAACGGCAGCACAAAGAUUCAGGUCCCUUCUCCAAAUCCUCCCCCAAGUCCCAUGCCGGGCAGAAUGGCUGCAACUCCUACUGGCGGCAGAAACCAGCAUUCCGAGGGAACAGGCGCUUUCGCGUUGGCGGUGGGUUCUGGCCGUUUUGGGGAUCGCCCGGGCCCCAGCCACAGUGCUCAGCUGCAGCACACUGAGAGCGGAGCUGCAUAUCCUUUACCAAGCAAGAUCAAAACCGCGGAGAGGCUCCUGUCUCACACCUCCGUGGCCGUGGAUGUAGCCCCUCUCAGCCCAGGGGGGCCCGUGAGCUGCAGCGACCUGCGACACCCAGCGUCCCUCACCAGCUCAGGCUCUUCUAGUUCUCCAUCCAGCAGCAUCAAGAUGUCAAGUUCAAACAGUAGUUUGACUUCAAGCAGCAGUUUUUCAGAUGGCUUCAAGAGCCAAGGACCAGAUGCUCGGGUUAAAGAUAAGGCGGUUCCCCAGGUUCAGAGCGGCACCGCUGAGCACAGACCACGCAAUACCCCAUUUAUGGGCAUCAUGGAUAAGACUGCGAGGUUCCAGCAGCAGAGCAAUCCUCCAGCCCGCACCUGGCACUGUCAGGGGCCGGAGGGGCUGCUGACAAACACAUCUUCUGCAGCUGGCCUGCAGCCCUCGAACUCGGAGAAGCCCUCUCUCAAACAAGCAGCAGGAUAUAACAGCCAAGCCAAAACCUGUUCUAUUUCUACCCUGGGUGGAAGUGUCCACAACGGGUCACAGGUGAAGGAACUAGAAGACAGGAAGUGCCAAAUUCCAGCCCACUGUCAAGAUAACAGGAUAACUAAGACUGUUUCUCAUCUGUAUCAGGAAAGUAUCUCUAAACAGCAGCCUCAUAUCAGUAAUGAAGCCCAUAGGAGUCACCUUCCUUCAGCAAAACCAAAGCGAUCAUUCAUAGAGUCCAAUGUGUGAGCCUUAAGAGACACCCAUUUGUAGAAUUUGGAAAACAGUGCGUAGGCUCCUGGUGGUAACUUAAUGGGUUUUUUUGGUUUUUUUUAAAUGAGAAAAAUUAUUUUUAGCCAUAUUUUUUUUCUUUUUUCCUUGGGGAUUGAUCAGAUAUCACUGAUUUAUUUUAAAUAUGGGAUAAAAUUUCUUUGAUAAAUAGCCAGAAGUCACCAUAAAUAAGAAUGCUAACCAGAAUAAAAAACUACAAUUAGUUAUGCCUAUUAAGUUGCAAGUUUAAGAAAGCCAAGAAGACAUUAACUCAUGCUUUUUUCUCCUAUGAAGUUUUUAUCAUUUUUCUCCUAGCCUUUGCUAUGUGGUAAAAUAAUAAUAUUUCAUAGAGAAUAUAAAUGUCUAGUGAUAGGUUUAACUCAUUACAUAAUAUCCAGAUGAUGUAUUCUGGAAAAGAUGGAAUUUUCAAGUUACAGUUCCAUUGAGUCAAAUCCCAAUUUUUAUAUAUAUAUAUAUAUAUAUAUAUAUAUAUAUAUAUAUAUAUAUAUAUAUACACAUACACAUAAAAUUAAGACCUAAGUGAUUUCUAGCUGAAUAUGUGUGACUAUAAAUGUUCUAUAGCUGAUUUUUUUUUUAAAGAAAAAUACAAGAACAUCCAAAUAUUGUUCCCUUGAAAGCAGUUUCCUGAAGAGGGUUAAGCACUUAUUUCCAUGUUAUGCUUCUCAUUAAACACAUUUUUACAGAACCUUUUUGGAACUAUAUUCCCACUUCAAGGUGUUUUAAUAUUUGGAAACAGUAUUAAGCCAUUUGGAAUCAUGAUUGGUGGUCAAGUUGGAUUUGGGCUAAACUACUAAGAACAUUGCAUUCUUGGUGACACGUAAAUUAGCUCUCUCCUUGUUCCUAAAGUGCUUUUAACAAUGAGAGCGCUCCUGGAGCAAACCUUCCAGGGCCCUUUAAGGACAAUAUUUAAUUUGGAUACUUAAGGUCUGGUUGAUUGGUUGCUUUUGUUUUUUUAUACAUUCAUUACUUAUAGUCACAUGUAUAUAUUAAAUAGCCAAGUUGUAUUCAGACUUGUAAAUAUAACUAUUUCAAGUAGUUAAUCUUUAAAAAAAAAAAAAGUCAUAUAUCUGCAUGUUGUCAGCUUCAUCCAUGCUGGUUAUUGCACUGAACGAUAUAUUAUUAUGGCAUGUUAACAGUGUACCAGUAACGGCACUUUAUCUCAUUUAUUUGAACACCUUUGAGGUGCUACUUAAGUCCAAACUGAUGUAUUAUUAAUUUGUAAAGAAAAGGUACAGGAAUGAACCUUGGUUUAAAGGUAUUUUUAUAUGAAAAUGGUGUGCUAUUGAAGGAUGUUAAAAAUGCUAGUUUGAGAGAGGCGGGAGUGUCUUUGUUUUAUAUGUUGGGAUGUGAAAUUUAUUUUCUAGAAUUGGGGGAGAAGGAAGUUCUAUAUUUACAGAAUGUUUUAAAAACGACUCGUUGUAAUGAAGUUCCUGUGAGCAUUGUUAUAGUUUUGUACGAAUAGGAAUCUUCUGGUGUUAUUCUUCAACAUUUGUUCCUGUUGUAUGUUGUACAGCUUUACCAUUUUUUAUAGGCUUUUCAUGAGUUCUGCUAUAACUACUAUGGCUUAUUUAUUGUUUAUUGUUUUCUUUAAUAUUUGUGAACGUCUUACUCUUUUGUUCUGUAGUUUGUUUCUGCACAACUACUGUACUUUUCCAUAUGGAAUAAAGACAAUUAAUAGAA